CAGGAGGCGAGCGGUCCUAGGGGCGAGGCAGCUGGACCUGGGAUUUCGCUGCAGCAGCCGCAGCGAAUUUUGGAGACUGCAGAGUUCUGACAUCCGCGCGCGCUUCCCUGAACCCAGAGUCGCUACCAUGCCCGGCCCGAACCCCAGUGGCACCAAUGUCGGCGCCUCUAGCCGCUCCCCCAGCAAAGCGGUGGCGCCUCGAGCUGCGGGAUCCACCGUCCGGCAAAGGAAAAAUGCUAGCUGUGGGACUAGGAGCGCAGGCCGUACUACGUCAGCAGGCACCGGUGGCAUGUGGAGAUUCUACACAGAAGACUCCCCUGGACUCAAAGUUGGUCCUGUUCCAGUUUUGGUUAUGAGUCUCCUCUUUAUUGCUUCUGUAUUUAUGUUGCAUAUCUGGGGCAAGUACACUCGCUCAUAGACUCAACUGCAUCCAUAUGUCUGCCAAUUUAAAACAUACAUCUUGGACCAAAAGUAUGGAGGAUUUUGUUUGCUCAUGGAGAGAGAAUAUUUGGAAAGCUUCCUGUUUGGCUAUUGAGGAGUCCCUUGUCACUUUUAUUUGGCAUUGGUGUUGAAUGAACUGUUAAAUUUUUCUGUUUGUGCUGGUUUUGAAGCAUUUCUAUCACAGGUCAUUGUGUGUUUGCCUGUAGACUUACAAAUUACAGGUCUUGCAAUAAAAUUUGUAUACGUAAAUUGAA